AUAGGUGAUUUUUGAGCCAUCCCAAUUUUAGAGAGAAGAAAAUUAUAUUUUGUGUUCAAAGUUAUUUUUCUAAAGUGUUAGAAAUAUACACAAAAUAUUAUAAACAAAUAUUUAUAAGAUAAAUAUUUUACUAUAUAUUUAUUACUCCCAAAGUAGUAUUAUUAUAGUUUUUACUAUCCUAUAUUAAACUUGCUAGCACAAGUUUAAUCUUGGACUCCGGAGCAAGUUCGUGUGGAUACGUUGGAGGCUUCAUACGUUUGGCGCUACGUUCAUCUCCUCAAAACCAUCCCCGACCGUUCCUCCGUUCUUCGUUUUCACCGUUAAGGUAAAUUUCUUACUAUAGCUAGUAAUUUACGUAAGUUGUUCUUGGGUGGAAUCGAGUUUUGGACUAUAAAUUUUUGUUUUCCGCUGCGUUAUCCAAGCCUCGUUUCCCAACACAAACUUGUUGGCGUCCUUGAAUGCACUCUCAUGUAUUUUCUUCUUACCCGAAACAAAAUAAACACUCCCUCCAUAAUCAUGUCACACAUGCAAGAAUGCAAAUCCCGUCUUAAGAAUCCCUAUGGGAUGAUGCUCACCCACAUCGUCGCUCACCACGGCAUUCUUGAGCCCCGUCCUUUUUGUGUCCAUUAUCUUGAUGCAGAGUGCCUAGGCUAUUGCGGCCUUGUCAAGAUUGGAGAGACGUACUACAUGAAGCGCGAGUUUCAAGAUCUUCACACAGAUACUUAAGCGGAGUAUGGACCACGACGCUCGAUGUCGGCUCUUCCACCUUGAUGUGGAUCUAGCUCUCAAAACCCCCGUGCCGAUGACGAAGAAGAGGUACUCCUUAUGAAGAAUGUCGUUGAGCCAAUUAAGAAGAUACAAGAUA